AUGGGCGCCGCGGCCCUGCGCGCCCUGCCCUGGGCGCUGCUGCUGCUGGGGCCGCUGCUGCCCGGGCAGGUCCUGCAGGCCAACCCCAUGCUCACCUCCGAGGGCCAGCCCGCGCCGCUGCCCGGCGGCGCCGUGCCCGGCUUCACCGCCGCGCCGCCCGCCGCGCCCGAGGAGAUCCACCCGCUCAAGGAGCAGCCGGCCAACGGCUCGGCCGAGGGGCACGCCAAGCACCGCAAAGCCUUCCCGGUCAUCGGCAUCGACUACACGCACGUCCGCAUCCCCUUCGAGAUCUCCCUCUGGAUCCUCCUGGCCUGCCUCAUGAAGCUGGGCUUCCACGUGAUCCCCUCGGUGUCCAGCAUCGUUCCCGAGAGCUGCCUGCUCAUCGUGGUGGGCCUUCUGGUUGGGGGGCUCAUCAAGGGGGUGGGUGAGAAGCCCCCCAUCCUCAAGUCGGACAUCUUCUUCCUGUUCCUGCUGCCCCCCAUCAUCCUGGACGCCGGCUACUUCCUGCCCCUGCGCCCCUUCACCGAGAACCUGGGCACCAUCCUCAUCUUCGCCGUGGUGGGCACGCUCUGGAACGCCUUUUUCCUGGGGGGGCUGAUGUACGCCGUGUGCCAGCUGGGCGGGCCGGGCCUCAACCACAUCGGCCUGCUGGCCAACCUGCUCUUCGGCAGCAUCAUCUCGGCCGUGGACCCCGUGGCCGUGCUGGCCGUCUUCGAGGAGAUCCACAUCAACGAGCUGCUGCACAUCCUGGUCUUCGGGGAGUCGCUGCUCAACGACGCCGUCACCGUCGUCCUCUACCACCUGUUUGAGGAGUUUGCCAGCUUCGAGCAGGUGACCAUCCUGGACAUCAUCCUCGGCUUCCUCAGCUUCUUCGUGGUGUCGCUGGGCGGGGUCCUGGUGGGCGUCAUCUACGGCGUGAUCGCCGCCUUCACGUCGCGCUUCACCUCGCACAUCCGCGUCAUCGAGCCGCUCUUCGUGUUCCUCUACAGCUACAUGGCCUACCUGUCUGCCGAGCUCUUCCACCUGUCCGGCAUCAUGGCGCUCAUCGCUGCUGGUGUGGUCAUGCGGCCCUAUGUGGAAGCCAACAUCUCCCACAAGUCCCACACCACCAUCAAGUAUUUCCUCAAGAUGUGGAGCAGUGUGAGCGAGACCCUCAUCUUCAUCUUCCUGGGCGUCUCCACCGUGGCUGGUCACCACUACUGGAACUGGACCUUCGUCAUCAGCACGCUCUUCUUCUGCCUCAUUGCCAGGGUGUUGGGUGUCCUCGUGCUCACCUGGUUCAUCAACAAGUUCCGGAUCGUGAAGCUGACGCCGAAGGACCAGUUCAUCAUCGCCUACGGGGGCCUGCGGGGCGCCAUCGCCUUCUCGCUGGGCUACCUGCUGGACUACAAGCACUUCGGCAUGAGGGACAUGUUCCUCACGGCCAUCAUCACCGUCAUCUUCUUCACUGUCUUCGUGCAGGGCAUGACCAUCCGGCCCCUGGUGGAUCUCCUGGCUGUGAAGAAGAAGCAGGAGACGAAGCGCUCCAUCAACGAGGAGAUCCACACGCAGUUCUUGGAUCACCUUCUGACGGGGAUCGAGGAUAUCUGUGGUCACUAUGGGCAUCACCACUGGAAGGACAAGCUGAACCGCUUCAACAAGAAGUACGUGAAGAAGUGCCUGAUCGCGGGGGAGCGCUCCAAGGAGCCCCAGCUCAUCGCCUUCUACCACAAGAUGGAGAUGAAGCAGGCCAUCGAGCUGGUGGAGAGCGGGGGCAUCGGCAAGAUCCCCUCUGCCGUCUCCACCGUCUCCAUCCAGAACAUCAACCCCCAGACCCUCCCUCUGGAGCGCGUCCUGCCGGCCCUGUCCAAGGACAAGGAGGAGGAGAUCCGCAAAAUCCUGCGCACGAACCUGCAGAAAACCAGGCAGAGGCUGCGCUCCUACAAUCGGCACACGCUGGUGGCUGACCCCUACGAGGAGGCCUGGAACCAGAUGCUCCUGAGGAGGCAGAAGGCCCGGCAGCUGGAGCAGAAGAUGAACAACUACCUGACGGUGCCGGCGCACAAGGUGGACUCACCCACCAUGUCCCGGGCUCGCAUCGGCUCAGACCCACUGGCCUACGAGCCCAAGGAGGACUCGGAGAACCUGCCCAUCAUCACCAUCGACCCCGCCUCGCCGCAGUCCCCCGAGUCCGUGGACCUGAUGAGCGAGGAGCCCAAGGGCUGCAGCGGCCUCCCGCCCUCGCCCGAGGAGGAUGAGGAGGGGCUGGUGAUGCGGGUGAAGGAGCCUUCCUCGCCGGGGACUGACGACGUCUUCACGCCGGGGAACGGGGACAGCCCCAGCAACCAGCGCAUGCUGCGGUGCCUGAGCGACCCCGGCCCGCGGCCCGAGCCCGAGGAGGGGGAGCCCUUCAUCCCCAAGGGCCAGUAGCUGCUGGCACGCGGCCUCCAAAGCGUUUCUCUCUCUCUGUUCA